GACCUGAGCCUGAACCAUAAAGUCGUUUUGAUAUUGGUAGGACUCAUAGGCUCAGGCAAGUCUUCGUUCGCAGAAGCACUGCAGCGUCAUUUCCCGCGAUUUAUUAGAUGCAGCCAGGAUGAGCUAGGCGACCGACGGAGCGUCGAGAACUUAGCAAGGAGAAGUCUUCACGAGGGCCUAUCGGUAUGCAUCGAUAGGACAAAUGUUGACGCAUCCCAAAGAUGCCAUUGGGUCAAUAUAGCAUACGAAUUCCCAGGUACUGCCACUUGGGUCUUAUUCUUUGAUACUCCUUUUGACGUAUGCGCAGCCAGAAUUGAGAAACGUAUGGAUCAUCCUACCAUAAAGGAUGUAGACACUGGUCGUCGAGUGUUAGCGCGCUUUGCGUCAACCUUCGAGGACCCCUCGACGCACGAAGGGUUCGAUCGGAUCCUCAAAGUCAAACCGUCGGAUCACUUGUCGUCAAUGUACACCCGCGGGGACAUUCUAGACAUCCUCCAUCGCGUACAGACAUCUCCACCGCCGGAUUUCUCGGCCUCACCGAGUUCAUCUCGCGCUGGAUCAGCC